AUGCCGAAUUCAUAUCUGAAAGUUCGAAAGGAAACUCUAGUCAAAAUGUUCCGGAUAACGGUUUUUCUUGCACUAAUGGUUGGUCAUAGUAACCAGUGCUCCAGAAAACACGCAGAAAUGAAACUUCCGAGGAUAAAAGACAACUGUCCGCGGGUUGAUGACAUAACUAAGGAGCCUCCGUUAAAAAUCAAAUGCCGCAGAGGGAAUUGUGCUGAAUGGUGCAAAACCUUCGGUGAUUGUCUCCAGCAAUCCUUUGAGUGGCGGGAAAAAUGCGCACAGAAGUUUAAAAAACUCUAUAGGGGACAUCGCCGGACAAAGAUCAAGGUGAAUGUCAGAGGAAACCAGUCAUCAUAUAACAUUGACGUCAAAUUUUGUGGAUGGAAGAGUCGUUACAAAGUUUACACCAUUAAGUUACUUGAUAGCGUAUCGCAAGAAAAUGGUGAUCUGCAAGAAGGGGAAAACUUACGCAAAGAGGAUUUGCUCAGCUCUUUGAAGUCC